AGCUCAAACAGCUGCGUGGUAAACGACCCGCACAAACACCGCUGAAGAUGUCUCCAGAGGAGCGGCAAGCGGCAGCAUCAAGUUACCUUUUGGUUGCGUCCCAGGACGAGACUGAUGGUGGAGCAACAGAGGACGAGGAUAAUCAUCUCGAGCGGAAGAAGAUCUUGGGCUCCUCACCCGACGGCCCCCCGCGCUUGUCGGCGAAUCCACUGGUCUCCAAUUGCAAGCGAGUUGGCUUGGCAUUCCUGCGAGCCGCAAUCUUUGUUUGCAUGACUUCAGCCUUGCUCUACAUCCAGCUUUACCUUUGCAGCGCGUACAGCUACGGCGAGGUGCCAGUCUUUUUCGUAGGCACCUUGAACAAGACCACCGUGGUGUCUUCCAUCGAGGAGAACUGCUUGGUGAAUGAAGAGGUACUGGAUCUUUGGGCUCAGAAUCUGGCCAAAGCGAAGACGCUGAUCGCUGAAGUUCAUCCAAACGUCACGAACCUGCCCACCAUGACCUGGUACAGCAGCGAGGAAGUCUACCGGAACCGGGAUGGGUGGAUUCCACUCCUGAGCCUUGGACAACGCCUAGCACGACCUGCCAUUGUGAAAUUGGAUGUUGACGAGGGGAUGACUGAGAACCAGUACCUGAAACUCGUGGAGGAUGCUUUCUUGAGGAACAACUUCCACUUCACUGCGGAGGAUGAAGAUUUCCAGGGAAUUUUUCUCGUGGGUGCUGCAAACGGCAUGCUGUGGAACAGCGUCCACGGAUGGAUCUACUAUCGACCCAGCUUGGAUUGGCAAUUCCUGAUGACGGUGGCUUUCAUCAUUUUGUUUGUAAGCUGCGCGACGCUCAUGAAGUUCGCAGUCAUGGAAGCCAACAAAGAUUGGAGAGAUGCCUGCCAGGUGUGGAUCGUCCAGCACGACUACCUUUGGCAACAUGGGAGAAAGCAUCUCAAGACCAGAUCUAGUUCAAAGUCGAAGUCAAUGCCACGACCGGCCAAAGUAGCAGUUACAAAAGACGAGCCUGAUGAGCCCAAGCCCAAGCCUCCAACCCCUCCGCCACCAGAGCCAGAGCCGGUGGUGGUGGACAUCCCUUGGGAGGAACAGCUCAUGAUGUGCUCUCCUUUCUUUGUCUUGGACAACACCAUUGCCGAUGCCUACAAGUGUGAAGAGGAGGUCUAUUGGGCGCUGGCCAGUGCCGCCAUGCACUCCUUGUGCUUCUCGGUGUGCCCAGUCUUGUCCUGCUUGGCCAUGCACUUCAUGGAGGCUUGGCUACCGGUCUUCCACGUUUUAAUGGGUGCCUACGCUCUUGUACUGCUCCCACUGGGCCUCAGUUACUACUUCAGCUUGAAUCACGGCAAGACGAACCUCACCUUUGCCAUCAUCCAGAUUGUUUCCCUGGCUUGCUGGAUGCUCUCCUCCAUCAUGUAUGUGGUGAGCUGCCUCAUCUACUUGGCUGCGGUUGCAGCCAUCGAUCCGCAUCUCAUCACUAGCGCGCUGGUGCCACUCUUCACUGUCUUCGCCUACGUCACGGUGACCUUCACUCGCCUCAAGGCCUUGCAGCAGCAUUACAUCGCCGUUCGGGAAGGCACCGAAUCACCAGGCUUCCUGAUGUGGCAGACCCGACGUCUCGGUUUCUCAACUGCUGCAAUCAUUCUCCUUUGUUUGGAAGGUGUGGCCUCCUUGUUUGGUGUUUUCAUGGUGCAGCUGGCGAUGAGAAACCUCUACGCAGGGUCGGUGCACCGCAGGGACGAUUUGCUUCAGGCGGCGAUCCUUCCCACCUUCGCUCUGAUCAACGCGGUCAUCACGACGAAGAACAACUUUCUCAACGACGCCAACAACUACAUCGCGCCGGAUAUCGUGACGACCAUUCAGGACAUUUUCUAAUGUGGUGGAAACCGCUGUCUCACCUGCCGGGCGAGGUGGUGUGUAGACGUGUUUAGGCCGCGGGUCUCCCAGGAAGUUGCGCGGCUUAGGGCACUGAAAUCGACUACGGUCAUUGGUUCAGUGAAAGUGCUGUGAACAAUGGCGAUGUUUCAUGACUUGCUAUUUUGCAAACAGCGGAGG